AUGGCGGACAUGUCGGCGGAUCAAGCGCUACGCGAGACGGCGGAGCUGCUGGAGGAGGCCGCAGCGCGCCGCCCGGACUUUUGGCGGCGACUGCGGGAGGAGAUCGGGCGAGUCCGGCUGAGCAGCGGCGGACGGCAGAGUCGGGCCACACAGACGGCGGGCCCCAUCGUGGACGUCGGGGUGCAAGCCAGCCCCGCGACGGUCGAGCGGGCCGUGCAAACGGACGGGCCGGCAGAAGAAGCACGCCCGGUGCGGGGCGCCGAGCGGGCCGUACAGACGGACGCGCCGGCGGAAGAGGCACGUCCGGCCCGGGGCGCCGAACGAGCGGCGCCGACGGCCGCGCCGGAGGAAGAGGCACGUCCUGGCCCGGGCCCCGAGCGGGCCGCAUCGCCCGACCUGCCGAGGGCAAGCGGGACCAGCGCCAUGGCGAGGGCGCACAGCCCCCAGUGGAUCCACAGCCCCUACCCGGGCUGCUGGAAUUGCGAGGCGCGCGGGCACUACUACAGCGAGUGUCCGCGCCCCCGCAACACCCAGCGGUUCUGCUUCCGCUGCGGGCGUCGGGGCACCACCCUCAAAGACUGCCCGAACUGCAGGGAGGCCUGGCGGGCCGAGGGCCCGCGCGUCGAGGGUCGCGGCCGCGGACGAUCCACACCGUCCCUGCGAGGAGGCCAACUCCCGUCACUGAGGCGGAGCGCCGCGGGAUCACCGCCGUGAACCAGGAGGAGAGCCGAGCGGCCGGGGGCGGGAAGCCGCCGAGGAGCUACGUCCGGCCUCGUUAUUUUUUUGUUUAGCGCCCUUC